AUUGACACACAAUGAGGAGCAGGGAAUAACCUCGCGAAACGCCGCUGUAAAUAAAUAACGUUAGAAGAAUCACUGAAGCCACAGAAUCAUGGAGAAUCAGUGCACAGUGCAGGUGAAGCUGGAGCUAGGACAUCGAGCCCAGCUGAGGAAGAAGGUGACCUCAGAGGGCUUCACCCAUGACUGGAUGGUGUUUGUGCGAGGGCCUGAGACAGGGGACAUACAACACUUUGUGGAGAAGGUCGUCUUCAGGCUGCACGAGAGCUUCCCCAAACCCAAGAGAGUAUGCAAGGAGCCACCAUACAAAGUGGAGGAGUCGGGCUAUGCUGGGUUCCUCAUGCCCAUCGAGGUCUACUUCAAGAACAAGGAGGAGCCCAAGAAGGUGUGCUUCAACUAUGACCUCUUCCUGAACCUGGAGGGGAACCCUCCUGUCAAUCACCUGCGCUGUGAGAAGCUAACCUUUAACAACCCCACCCGGGAGUUCAGACGCAAGCUGGUCAAGGCUGGAGGGGUCAUGGUGGUGCCAGAAGGGGCAGAGGCGGUGUCGAGGCCCAGUCCAGACUACCCCAUGCUCCCCACCAUCCCACUGUCUGCCUUCUCAGACCCCAAGAAGACCAAAACCUCCCAUGGAUCAAAGGAGCCCAGUAAAGAGGGCAGUGGAGGCAGCAAUAAAGGGCCCAAGCCCCACAAGCUGACCAAGGAGCACCGUGAACGCCCCCGCAAAGACUCUGAGAGCAAGGCGGGGUCCAAGGGCGACAGCGACCGCGACGGGGGAGGAGGGGGCAGCAGCAAGAGCGCCCGCGAGCCCUCCUCUUCCUCGUCCAAGAAGCCAGCAGAGAUCAAAGUCAAAGAUGAGGGCAAGGUCCUUCCCAAGGCCGCCUUCAAAGAGCCCAAACUUACCCUGAAGGAGGCCAAGAUGGAGGGCAUGUCCCCCAAAGGAGGGGGGGGAGGGGGCGGUGGGGGAGGAGGAGGGCUCCCGCUGGAGUCCAAAGGCCCCGGGAAGCGGCCCUCCACUGUGGAGUCUCCUAAACCCAGUGCCAAGAAGCAGAAGAAGAGCAGCUCAGAGGGAUCUAAAGGGACAGCUGCAGGGCCCUUCACCGGAGCCUCUCCCCGGGUCUCCUCAUCGUCUACAGCCGCCCCUGGCUACCCAGAGAAGAAACCCCCCAAGAAGAAGGGUCGUUGGCCCAAGGGCAGCAAGGCCGACACGCAGGAGGUCAAGGAGCCCAAGAAGCUGCCUGAGUCUGACGACUCCAACUCUGAGGAUGAAGCCUCAUCCAAAUCAGAGCAGUCAGCCCCUUCCAGUCCCUCUAACUCAAGCUCCAGCUCUGAUUCCAGCUCAGAAUCUGACUUUGAGCCUGGACAGAAACAAGGCCAAGGCCCGCUGCGCUCUAUGGUGGAGGACCUACAGUCAGAGGAGUCAGAUGACGACAGCAGCUCUGAGGAAGGGACGCCUGUCAAGACCAACCCGCCCAACCGGGACUCACGACUGAGCCUGGACAGUGAGAGUGACAGCAGUGACGGCUCGCACCGCCCCAGUCGAGACCCGGUGCCACCUCCACAGAAACACAGCUCCUCCAAUAACAAGGUAAAACACAGCUCCUCCAAUAACAAGGUAAAACACAGCUCCUCCAAUAACAAGGUAAAACACAGCUCCUCCAAUAACAAGGUAAAACACAGCUCCUCCAAUAACAAGGUAAAACACAGCUCCUCCAAUAACAAGGUAAAACACAGCUCCUCCAAUAACAAGGUAAAACACAGCUCCUCCAAUAACAAGGUAAAACACAGCUCCUCCAAUAACAAGGUAAAACACAGCUCCUCCAAUAACAAGGUCUUGGCCAGGAAGAGCCCAGACAUCUGUAGCCGCCCAGAGAAGGUGCUGAAGAAAGGAUACGAGAAGGCCUACACAGAGGAGCUGGUGGAUCUCCACCGCAGACUGAUGGCUCUGAGGGAGCGCAACGUCCUACAGCAGAUAGUGAAUCUUAUCGAGGAGACGGGCCACUUCAACGUGACCAACACCACCUUUGACUUUGACCUGUUCUCUCUGGACGAGACGACCGUCCGCAAACUACAGAGUUACCUGGAGGACACAGCCACGUGACAGCAAGCCCGUAGCGCAGUCCCUGGACCCCCACUGGGGGGGAGUAGUAACAGAAGCUACAAACACACACCAGACAGAGCUAAACCACAGAACAACAACAGAACACACACUUUCACUUGUCGCUGGAGAAGAACAGAGGAACAGGGUGAGGGGAGGAGAGAGGAGGUCAGAGUAAGAGAGAGCAGCUAUGCCACUGUCCCUCUACCCUGGACUGGACUGGAGGACAGGACUAGGAGCUGGCCUGUCUGGACUGGGUCUGGCAGGAGACGUAUUAUAUAUGUUUCUUGUCGAGAACAGCACAGCAGCCUGUGUGCAGAAUUGUGGAAUGCGACCAUUCUACUCUCCCUCCUGCCCUCCCCCCUCACAUCUAGCCUUUGCAAACCCAAUACUUCCCCCCUCUAUCUCCUCCCUCCCCACUCACACUCCCUUAGUCGACACAACACUCCUCCCCUCUCCCCCCUCUCAGCUGGAGUUCAUAUCUCUGUAGGAAUUUUCCUGUCUGGGUGAGAGUGUGUGUCUGGGUGAGAGUGUGUGUCUGGGUGAGAGUGUGUGUCUGGGUGAGAGUGUGUGUCUGGGUGAG